CUGAGUUCGGAGCCGGGGGCGUGCUGCUGCGAAGGCUGUCCUGCCUGUCCCGCGCGGUUUCCAGGUCCCAGCCCACGACCCCUGUGGGCGGCUCAGCGGCCACGUGCUGGGUGGCGGUCCCCUCACCGGCUGCCCUCGCCAAAACAUGGGAUUCCACCCCACUCCACCCCCAGUUACUCGGGCCAGCCCGGACCCUCCACCAGCAGAUGUUUGUUGAGUGCCUACUGUGUGCCAGCCAUGUUCCAGGUGCUGGGAAUCCAGCAGUGACAAGACAUACAAAAACCCUGUCCGAAGAAAGUUUACACGUGGAAGGGGAAGACAGCUCAUGUAUAUCUUUGAAGAAGCAAGCUGCCAUGAGUCCUACAGCCAAAGGAAAUGAAUUCAGGCAACAACUGAUUGAGCUUGGAAGCAAACUCUUCUCUAGUCGAGUCUCCUGGUGGAUGAGAACCCAGCCCUGGCUGACACCUUGAUUGCAGCCUUACAGAAGACCCAGGUGAGGGUGAUGGACCCAAGGAGGAUUCUGCACUGAGCCCGGCAAUCCAGGAGGCCCCCUCAGCUUCAGGACACCUAAAAUCCCUGAAGAUUCCAGUACCCACUGUGUCACCUGUGCCGCCCACACCCCCAGUGGGAGACACUUUGAAAUCAUUACAGGACCCUGUAUUUGGAUGCUUGCCUCCUCAAGACUCUGAAUUAUUCUUCGUACAUCCAGCCAGUGUGCCUCCCUGAAAAGAAGUUUGAAGUGAAAGCUGGGACACAGUGCUGGGCGAUUGGAUGGGGCCGAACUUUAGAAUUCGCCAUGUCACUGCCACGUGUUCUUCAGGAGACUGAGGAAAUCAUUCUUCACCACAAGAAAUGUAAUCAGAAGAUACAGACACAGUUAGGAGUCCAUCGCCAAGUAGUUGGUAGAGAGAUGAUCUGUGGCUAUCACGAAAAGAUUAAAAGUCCCUGCAAGAUUCUCAAGUCAAUAUAAAUUAUGAAGCUCUCCAAUGCAGGAAGCCCAGGGAAACAAGGUUAUGAUCAGAGGCUGGGCGACAAGGUGCCAACACCAGUCCAGGGAUUUGGAUGUGCCUUCACCGGCCAGGUUUUGGGGGACAGUCACCCACUUAAGGCACUUGGGGGUACUUCCACGGGACUGGCCACCGCGGAGGCAAUGACAGGCCCAGGGCUCUGCAGUCAUCUUCAAGGAACCCGCACGAGGUGGGGUUACAAAGGAGACAACACCAAACCAGCUUGUGGCAAACCCUGGUGGCCGAAGAAUUUGGACGUGACCCGCUAUUGGCCCUGGGAUGUGAGCCUCCGAGUGGAAAAUGAGCACGUGUGUGGAGGAGCCCUCAUUGAUCUCGACUGGGUGGUGACUGCUGCCCACUGCAUCCAAGGCACAAAAGAGUAUUCAGUGAUUCUCCGCACCUCCAAGCUGAAGCCCACGGACUCCACAAGGGCCCUCUCGAUCCCUGUGAGGGACAUCAUUAUGCACCCCAAGUACUGGGGCCGGAACUUCAUCACGGGUGAUGUUGCCCUCCUCCAGCUUCACACUCCUGUUGUCGUCAGCAAGUACGUGCAGCCCAUCUGCCUCCCGGAGCCCAACUACAACCUGAAGGUUGGGACGCAGUGCUGGGUGACCGGCUGGGGCCAGGUUAAACAGCGCUUCUCAGCCAACUCCACGCUGACCCCAGAGUUGCGGGAGGCCGAGGUGUUUAUUAUGGACAACAAGAUGUGUGACCGGAUUUACCGCAAGAAGUCCCUCAUCCCCCGCGUUGUCCCACUUGUCCUGGGGGACAUGAUCUGUGCCACCAAUUAUGGAGAAAACUUGUGCUAUGGGGACUCUGGGGGUCCGUUGGCUUGUGAAGUCGAGGGCAGAUGGAUUCUUGCUGGGGUGUUGUCCUGGGAAAAGGCCUGCGCCCAAGUACGUAAUCCAGGCGUGUACACCCAUAUCACCAAAUACAGCAAAUGGAUCAAGAAGCAAAUAAGCAAUGGGGUUCUCUCAGUCCCCUGCACCUCCUCCUGGCUCCUACUCCUGUCCUGGCUGCUGCAGCCCCAGAUGGGCCCCUGAUCUCCCUUCUCCUUUCUUCUCCGUGCUUUGCCUUUGCCGAAUGGGGCCAGAUCAAGGUUAGACCAAGGUCAUGGGUCUGUAUUCAACAAGGGUCAAGGUGGGGAAAGAGUGACCCCUGGGAGACUGGGUCCUGUUUUGGCCUCCUAGUGGGAAGGGAUGUGGUAGAUGACUAGGCCUUGAGUGACCAGGAGAAGGGAAGUGUGGCCUAGAAGGGCUUUGGAAUUGGGGACCAGGAUAGCAGGGAUUAAAUCUGUGCAAACAUGAGCUGGCUCUGUUCUCUUUUCUGGGUGGCCCUGGGAGUUGGGGGUUGGUGCGUGGGUAAGGCCUCCUGGAACUAAUUCUGCCAGGAGGCUCCCCAGAGUGGGGACUGAUGGUUUUUGCUAUAUCACUUGUGCUGGGGCGUUGGGAAAGGGCCUGGGCCUGAGGCAUCAGUUUCCUCAACUGUAAAGUGGGCGUGCUGUAAGAGAGCAGUUGCGACAUGCACUGUAGGUGACAGUAGGAAGGACCCACAUAUCAUGCUCCAAAAUCAGCUUUCUUUUUUUAAAAAAAUGGCAUUAAAAAAAAAAACCUGAUUUCAAAAG